UCACUCGCAGCUCAGCCAGUCCUCAGCUUCUCCAGAGAGUUCAAGCACUCGCUGCUUACGCAACACGGUCUCCUCCGCCACAGCGUUAGCUCAGUCUCCACCACCGCUACCACAAUCCUGAUGGCUCGCUUCGCCGUGGUCGCCGCCAUCGUCGCCCUCCUGGCUGUCGCCGCCGCGGCGCAGGCCCCGGCCGCCGCCCCCACCCAGGCGCCCCCCAAGAUGGCACCGCUGCCGCCUCCCCCAGCGAGGUCCCCGGCCACUGCGCCCGCGCCGGUCGCCACCCCGCCCACCGCCGCGGAGCCGUCCCCGCUGGCCUCUCCCCCGGCCCCGCCCACUGAUGCCCCCACCGCCUCCGCCCCGUCCGCGCUCACCCCGACCUCCUCCGUCUCCGCCCCGUCCGGCGCCCCGACCGGCGCCCCAGCCGCGAACAGCGCCGCCGCGUACGCCUCCGCCGCCAGCUUCGUCGCCGUCGCCGCCGCGGUCGCCGCCGCCGUCGUGUUCUAGAGUUGAUCGUAUGGCCGCACCGUGAUUUGCGGUUGCUAGCUGGAGUACUUGUGUUUAUAGUACUACUGUGAUAUUCUUUUUGAGAUUCUUUUUUAGAUACCGAGAGCAGACGUGAUGUGAGGGAUUAUUGCAGUGUCUGAUGUUACACAUCAUGAUGAGAUGAUUAUUAAUGGAAUUCUUUCAUUUGUUACUA